AAAAUUCAAAAUUCAUAUAAAAUGAGUCUUGAGCAAUUUGAAGAUCUAAUAGAAGGCUGUGCUAUUACUGAAGAGUACUUUGAAAUACCUCCAAAUCACCAAAUACUACAAAGUGCAUUAAAGAAGUCUCAAAAUCCUAGAACCAAGAACACUCUCUCUUUGAGAGUUUAUGGAGCAUAUUCUCUUCCUAAAUCUUGGCAAGAGAAAAUCGGAGAUCCAGGAGAAGAUGCUUAUCAAUAUGAGGUGAAACUCUCUGGUUUAGAGAUUAAGGGAGCUAAGCUCCAAGCCAGAGAAAUGUCAGAAGAAGAAAAGGCAGAACAAGAAGCCACUAAAGGAAAGAAGGGUGCUAAGAAAGGAGAAGAAGAACCACUCCCAGAAGAACUUGUCUUAAAAGAGAAGAUCGAUAAGGAGAGAGAAGAGCUUGAAGAGAUGUCUGAAAGAGACAGAUUUUUCAGGCUCCAGGAGGAUCCUACUAAGACAAUUAGCCUCAAGUUUGAUGAUCCUAAACAAUCUUUACCAUUGCUUAAAGAAAAGCUUUGGGAUUUCGAAGAUCUCGUUAAUGAGGAGAAUGGAGCAUAUAUUGAAUUUAAUAAGGUCCAAGCUUCUGAAGAAGAUGCUGAUCCAAAGAAGAAAGGAAAAGGCAAACAGCCAGAUAGCAUCGAACAACAUUUUUCUAAAGGGUGGAUCGACUUUACUCCCUUGAUGGUUCCUGGAAGAAAGCAUACUAUGCAGAGAGUCUUACUAAAAGCUUGUGCUCCUCCAGUGGUAGAAAGUGAAGGAGAUGAUGAUGAGUCUAAAGAAGGUGAUGAAGAUCAAGAAGAGAAGGAGCCAGAGCCAAUCUUUGAGGAAGCUCAAACUUAUCUCCAUAUUCAUCUCUCUACAGAGUUUGCUAUUAAUCCUACUAUUAAUCCAAAUGAGGUAGACCCACCAGAGAUCCCAGAUCCUGUUGAAGGUGAAGGUGAAGGAGAAGGUAAACCAGAAGAAGAAAAGCAAGAAUCUGAGAAGCAAGAACCUCCAAAAGAAGAUGCUGUUGAGGAAGAAAAAGCAGAAGAUGAUGGAAAGCCUGAAGACUCCUAUAUUGAAGAAGAUGAAAUUAUUGAGGAUGAAAAACCCAAAAUCGAACUUAAAGACGAAAUCUAUCAGAAUAUUGACUUUAAAUUAGGGAAAUUCUCUUCUACCUCUGAUGCUACUUCAAACUUCAGGAUCAUUAUUCAAAAAUAUUUGAAGAAGAUAAGUGAUCACUACUCUAUUAUCAUGUCACAAGAUGAAGUGGACCAGAAAUCUAAUUCAAAGAUUGCUGCUAUUCCUACGCAUGCAACUUCAACUCAGAGACAGAAGAAGAUCGAAAAGUACAUUCUUCAAUCUGGGCCAAUGUACAGUGCACUAAAGAAAGAAAUGAAGAUGGCUAUUCACAGGAUCAUUAAAGACAAAUAUCUUAAAACAGUGAAUCAUGAAGGAUUGAGUAAAGAGAAUAGAGAUGAAUUCAUUGCAAAGCUAUAUACCUACCUUACUAAGCAAGUCAGGGUAACUCUGAAAGCUACAGUUGAGAAAUACAAAGAUAUUAUCCAUGAAGACCUUACUGAAGACCUCUUCACAGCUAUGAAGGAGGAAGAGGAACAAAGAAGUAAAGCUUUCACAGAGGAUUAUAAAGUCAAACUCGACAGACUUGCCCAGGAAUAUGAAAAUAUCAGAAAUUUCCCCAAAGCUGAGAAAUAUUACAAGAAGCUACUUCUAAAGGAUCCAAAGGAUGUCAGUCAGCUUCUUAAUCUGGCAAGAUUUUCAAUGAAAAUUGGCAAGGUCGACCAAGGAUAUGAGUAUUUCAGAAUGGCAAGGGAUAUAGAUCCUACUUCAAGAGAGCUCAUACUUGCCUAUGCAGGAAUUCUCAUUCAAAGGGAAAGGUACACAGAAGCAAGCAAUGUUCUCAAUGAGAUAAUUAGUCAAGACUUUAAUGACUGCCACGCUAACAUCCUUCUCUCUAUCAUUGAUGAAGCAAGGCAGCGUCCAGGAUUAGUGAGAAAGCAUGUUGCUAUUGCUAAGGUUCAAAGAAUGAGGGAGCUAGAUAUCAUUCCUAAAAAGAUCAAAGAAAUCCCAAAUCUGAACGAAAUCAACUUCAAGCUUGAGAGACCAAACUGGGAUACCAUCGUAACCAAGGACCAAAGUAUGGAAGCCAAGGAUAAUGACAAGCUAUUCUUUGAAGUUAUAGAAUUCAUGCUGAAGCACCAUCUGACUAAGAUAGCUGAUAGCUUGCUUCAAUACAUCCAAAAUGUUGAAAAUGACAAGUAUAGACUAAACUUUGCUAGAGUCAAGCAUCAGAUGAAGGAGUUUGAGCCGGCCAUUGAAAGUUUAGACAAGAUCUUGAGUAAGAACGACUGCCAUCCACAAGCUUUAGUUCUCAGAGGACAUACAUAUUUCGACUAUCUCAACAUCUUCGAUAGUGAAGAGUCAUAUAUCAAGUUUAUACAGAACUGAUCUGCGAAAGAUCUUGAAAGUAGACUAGCGUACUACUUCCUAAUUGAGAGGCUUGGAAUUGUCUACAUCGAAAGAAGAGCAUGGAAAGAUGCCAAGACAGUCUUCUUGAAAUGUGCUGAGGAGAACCAGACCAGUAAUGGAUGGCUAAACCUUGGAAUCGCUUGUCUGAGACUUCAUCAGUAUGAAGAAGCAGAAGAUGCUCUUACUCAGGCAAAUUUCUUGGACUCUCACAACCCAGAAAUUUGGGGAUACAUUACAUUAUUGUGACUCAAGUAUCCUGACAAUUCGAGAGCUGACCAAGCAGAAUAUUGCAUCUUGAGAGCACUCAGACUUGGAUGAGAGAAUCCUGAUCUUCUUGAAGAAAUUGGAGAUAUUUAUAGUGACUCUAAGCCAACAUUUGCUAUAGGCUGUUUUGAUAGAGCGCUUGAGAUUGAUGAUUCAAGAGGAGAGGUUUAUCAAAAAUAUGGUAACGUCCUGAUGAAUCACAAAAAGAAUGAGAUUAAGAAGGCUAUAGACUUACUCAAACAAGCUCUAGAGAAACUCAAAGGAGAUGGUAAGAAAGCUCAUUGCGCUCUGAUUCUCCAGGAAGCUUUAAAAGAAGAUGGAAGAUAUGAAGAAGCUGAAGAAUAUGCUGAAUAUCCUCAAAAUCAUACUGCUGAACAAUAAUUCAACUCUAAAAUAUCUAUAAGGGG